CCGGCGUCGCUGAGUCUUCUUCCAGGUGUUGCCAUGGCGAUGACGAUGACGAGGCUUCAGGCGACAUGUAGAGCUCCGGCAACGGAUUCUGGCAAAGGCUGAUCAGAAACCUGAAAUUGAAGGUAACUGUGUCCUAUAAAUUCAAUCACAUCAAACUGCAACAAUUGGCACCAUUGACACAUGAUAUUUUGCUACUAAGCUUUUGGAAAACACUUGAUGAAGGAGGAGGAGAAGAAGCUGAUUUCUCUGGAGUUUUUGGCUUUUCUGUAUGAUGUCCAUUACAAUCAGAAGCAUUCCCUGCACAUUCUAGAUGAUUGUAAGCAUCGUUCCUUCCAUAUCUAGGAUAACCAUACCCGUUAUACCCUCCAUAUCCUGGAUAUAAGCAAUAGCCAUAUGAUCCGUUUACAUUUACGUUCUUAUUUGUGGUUGAAUCUGGUUUCUUUACAUACAUAUUGCUUGAACAUUCUCCAUAUUGCCAAUGCACUAACUGUGCAGAUUUCCCUGCUUUCCUCAGACAUUUCAGAAGGGCAAUUGGUUCGAUGUAACCUGAAAUAUUUACCUUCCCGUCGUCCUCCAUUUUGAAAUUAGUUACUCCUUUGAUCAAUACCCAAAAAAAACCCAAUUCAGUUAUCAGUCUUUACUCAAAAUAUAGGACAAGAUUAUAGAAUGAAGUGAAAACAGAUCACACAAACAUACCUUCAACACUUUUCAAUAUCUUUGUCACUGUUCUUGGCCACGAACGUUCUUUAACAGCCACCUUGAUGGUGAAGUUCUGCAAUAAGUUCAAAACGUAUUAGAAGAUAUGGUCUACAGAAAGAGGGACUAUGAUUUAUGUGAGAUGUAUUGUACAACCGUAAAUGCAGGGUAUUCUGUGUCUUUAGACUUGCGUCCCAUGGAUGCUUGAAAAAAAUGGUUGGUUUCAGAAGUAUUAUAGAUUCUUGAAGAAGCUGUGAUAGGUAGAGAUGGGGAUAUGUUAUUAUUAAUAUAUGAACGCCAUAUGACCAUAAAAAUACAACAUAUUUGAAGGGAAAUCUUGUGUUUUUUGUGUAUCUCACAGCAAUAUAUUCUGGAAAUUGAUAAACUUCAAUAUGCUGCAAUUAUGACAAUGAUUUACUUGAAUCUUUUUCUUGAAAACAAAGAUGAAAUCCUCUCCAAUCUUCUAAAUUUGGAAACUUGAUUUUCUAUUUUUCUGUUGGAUUAUAGAUCUUGAUGAUCAUAUAAUCCAAGUAUACAAUGUUCAUAUAUGUUUCCAAGGAAAUGAUUCAAGUAAAUUGUUGUCAUAAUAGCAGCAAAGAUCGUAGAUUUGUCGAUAAAAAUCAAGGUUUAUCAACUUCCAAAACAGAAACUAUGAUAUACUCAUAAAACCCAGGAUUCAUUUCCAAGUAUGUGUAUUUUGCUGUGAUAUCGUAUCAUCUAUUAAUACUUACAUAUCUUGUUAAUUACUCCUCUACCCAGCAAGAUAGUCGUGUGUCUCGUGUUCUUUCUUCGAUCCAGUUUGUUCUCGAUGGAAGCAAGCGCAGAUAUGGAUUGUUGUUUGAAAGUCCACUCCAAGUGUGAAUCUUGUUUGAUGAAGACAAUUGAAGUCUUACGUUCCAUCCGUGGGGUUUAUUCUGUGAGUUGGGAUGCUCAACAAAGUAGCGUGCGAGUACGUGGUGAAGUUAAUCCAAACUUCCUCUUGAAGGCAGUAAUGUCUACAGGUGGACACGCGGAACUCCUUAACGUUAAACUCAAUCAUCCGCAACUUAGGCAUAAUUACUACAAUUAUGCUUCUUCGAUCACUUCACCUUAUAAUCGGUUUUCCUACAUGGACCGUCCUUAUUAUCACUAUCAGACGACUAAUAUUGAAUACCCUUAUGGCCGCCUACAGCCGCCUGCAAUUGAAUACCCUUACGGCCGCCUACAUCCGCCUGCGAUUGAAUACCCUUAUGGCCGCCUACAGCCACCUGCAAUUGAAUACCUUCCGUCUUCUUAUGACUAUGAAACUCCCCUGCCACGGGCGGCCUAUGUGCCUUCAUACCCACCUCAAGAGUACGAUCCGUAUGAUAAUUACGAGGGGAUUAGCUUUUGCACUAUCAUGUAACGUGUAUCCGGUCCGAAAUCCGAUCUAACUCAACUUGAUUAGUUUUCAUCAUGAAUGAAUGGAUCAAUUGAUUC